AUGAACAAACAGGAGGCGCACGCAGUCGAGCAACUAAGACGAGAAAAUAGCGACCUAUUAACGGCCAGCUACGGUACAGACUACAACAUUCUGCGAUGGGCACAAGGAUAUGGAUUUGAUUUGGAAGAGGCUUCCGCUCAGCUCCGGCGCCACCUCAAAUUUCGCAAUUUCUACGACCUUGACAACGCAGAACAAAUACAAGAGCACGAAAUCCUCAAAAAAUACUUCCCUAUUGGACUAGUCGGGGAGACAGGUCAGGACAACACGCUGCUGGUGAUCGAGUGCGCAGGGAGAAUCGAUUUGGUAGGAAUUCUCAAAUCGGUACAAUUGUCUGAUUUCCUUGUGCAAAGGUUUCGCUUACAAGAGAAAAUGUUGAAUGCUAUGAAGACGUUGGAGGAGAAGUCCGGGGAGCAGGCGUCCGUCAUUUACAUCCUAGACCUUGACGGGCUGAAGUUCGACGCGUCUCUGCUGAGCAUUGUCACAGGACCAUAUCGUAUACUUUGGGCAUCUGUUUACACGAACUACCCAGAAUGGAUUUCCCAAAUGUUUAUCGUCAAUGCGCCUUCUUUCAUGAGCUUACUCUGGAAGGCCGUUGCCCCUUUGAUCCCUGAACGAACUCGCAACAAGGUGAAGAUCUGCACAACAAACAGUGACUGGAGAGGUCUUAUUCAAAAGUACGCCAAGGCCGAAAACAUUCCUAUGCAUUGGGGAGGCACGUUGGUAGACUCGAAUGGUGACGGGAUGUGUCGGGAACGUCUCAACAUUCCUUUCGAUCCGAUCCCGAUAGAGCUCUACUGGACUCCGGACGAGAAGGCACCUUCUCUCACCGAACUCAACUGUGCGGUAAUCCCAGCGGGAAAGGCGAAGACCAUCACAUACGUAGUAAACUCCAGCGAUCCAACCUUCAUCGUGAUUAACAGAUUCUGCGACAGAACAUUUGGGAUGGGCAUCUGGUAUCACGACAAUAUGGCUGCGGUUGACUACAUGCUUGACGAGAUGAGCGCAGCUGCGACCGAUAUGAAUGAUCAUCCGACUAGUAACGUGAACCAAUCGCUUGCGAAUCAUUCGAAAAGUCCUGUUUCUGAUACAUCUGAUGAGCCUAACGUUUGA